AUGGUUCUGGGAACUGAGCGAUACAGUGAGGACCCCGCGAGGGUUGCAGUAUCUUCGCCAGAGGAGGAUCUCUCCGAGCAGGACGUUACUGCUGAGCACGCGAACGCCAAAGGACAACAGAAACAAGACAUCUCAAGAAUGCCAUUUCUCACGGAACUCAGCGAAUCCUGUUGCAGUGUUGCAGCGAAGACACGUCGUUUGGCGUACUUAACAUUGCUUGUUCUUUACUUUACAAUAUUAUUAACCCACUAUCUCGUAUUGCAGAUAUUCGCUGCAGUGCUGAUAGGAGAGUUGACGCUCAGCCAUGGCUUCUGGUACUACUCGAGUAGCAGUGCGAACGCUGAAAAGAAAUUACCUGCACCACCAGGCUUCACGGUUAGAUCGGAGCCCUACAACUCUUGGCCUAUGGCACCUGCCCAGUACCAGUCUGACAGCAAUCCUCACAUGACGGUGGCUCUACCAGUCGCUGUGCCUUACCAACCUCAGAUGGGUCCGAUGCCGCCAACGAUGCAAGGCACCUUACACAACGUGCAGCUCGUCCCUUGCCUCUGCCCCGUCAGCAGCGAGCCCAUGCCCACUCAGCAGUCGUCAGCAGGCGUCAGCUACUCGCAGAUGCAGCAGCAGCCGCCUCCCUCAGGAUCCGGCAACCCCUAAACAACAGUCUGUA